GGAGGCGGAGGAGGUUCAGUGAGGAUGAGUGUCGGUCACUGUGAACAGAAGACAAAGCAAAAGACAAGAAUGAAAAUGUUGGCUUUACGGGGGAUCAUGUGGAUUGACGUGAUCGUCAGCGUCGCCUCUCAUUACAGCUGCAACGCUCCUUUGGCAUCCGCGCUGCCUCGGUCAUCUUUUAGCAGCUCGUCGCAGUUAUCACCCGGGAACGCCGCACACUUCGCCAAAAUGGACAUGAGAGAUGAACAUGCAGGAUGGUCUCCUGCAGAGAUGGACCCCGGCCCCUGGUUGCAGCUGGACCUCAAGGAGCCAAUGGAGGUGACGGCGGUGGCCACGCGGGGGUGUGUCAGCAAGUACCGCCUCCUCUAUGGUGACACACCGCAGCACCUGAAGGAGUACACGCAUGGCGAUGUCCACUUCCUGGCAUGUGACACACAAGCCGGGUGGGAGGAACUUAGUCAAAUGUUAUUCUGUCACCUCUACUGACUUUUGACCCAAUCUCUGCAGACUAACGUGAAUGGACGGGCGGCCGUCCGCAUCAAGCUUUCGCCGCCGCCAAGGGGUCGCUUUAUACGCUUCGUCCCUCUGGAAUGGACCACUCGGGACGAGCCCGGCCUGCGGGUGGAUGUGUUUGGCUGCGUCUACAAGUCGCACAUGGCUGACUUUGACGGCCGAAGUGCUCUACUGUACCGCUUCAAGCAGAAAUCCGUGUCUACGGCCAAAGAUGUCAUCUCACUGAGGUUCAAGAGUCGACAGGCCGAUGGCGUGCUGUUACAUGGUGAAAGCCGGCGUGGCCACUUCAUCACCCUGGAACUGCGUGAUACCAGACUGGCUCUCCACCUCAACUUGGAUGACACUAGCGGGGGUGGGGAGGCAGUGACGGUGGGCAGUCUUCUGGACGACGAGAAGUGGCACUGGGUGGCGAUGGAGCGCCUCAACAAGCAGGUAAAGGUCAGCGUUGACCACUACACUCAGUCUUUCCAGACCCAAGGCCACGGGGAGUCGCUGGAGGUGGACUACGAGCUGAGCUUUGGUGGCAUCCCCCUGCCUGGCAAGCCCGGAACAUUCCUAAGGAGGAACUUUGAGGGCUGCAUGGAGAACGUCUACUAUAAUGGUGUCAAUGUCGUCGACCUGGCUAAAAGACGCAAGCCUCAAAUGUACAUCGUGGGAAACGUUUCCUUCUCAUGCACGCGGCCCAAGCGGACGGUGUGCACCUUUAUCAGUUCCAGCAGCAGCUUCCUGUGGCUGCCGGCGGCUCCCCACACCAUUGUUGAUCGGAGGUACUUCUCCAUUCGCUUCCAGUUUAGAACAUGGAAUACUGACGCACUGCUGCUUGUCACCGGGCUUGGACCAAUGCAUCGGGAGCUGCGACUGCACAUAUCCGACAGUCGACUGCUCCUAAGCAACGCUGCCACAGUAACCAGUAGAAACACUGGAGAGCGUGGUCCUCGGGUGAGCGACGGACUGUGGCACUGGCUGAGUGUGGACUACAGGGGCCUGCAACUGGUUCUGAGUCUGGACCACAAGCCCAUCGCCACCGUACAACAGCUCCACCCACUGGAGCCCAGCGGAGGCUUCUUUUUCGGGGGCUGCGGGGCAAAUGACUGCCACAGCUGGAGCUCAUCAUUCCAGGGCUGCAUGAGGCUGCUCUCCAUCGAUCGGUGGCCCAUCAAGCUGAGCCUUGUGCAGCAAGGCAUGCUGGGAAACUUCUCGUCUCUGCUAUUUGACGCAUGCCACAUCAGAGACCGGUGUCUUCCAAACAUGUGCGAACAUGGCACCUUGUGCACGCAGACGUGGGACCGCUUUAACUGCAACUGUUCUGGAAGCGGAUAUGCAGGAGCCACUUGUCACCACUCCAUCUUUGAGUCGUCCUGUGAGUCGUACAGACUCAGCGGAAGUUCGUCUGGCUUUUACUCAAUUGAUCCUGAUGGCAGCGGCCCACUGGGGCCCACACAGGUGUACUGCAACAUGACAGACGACAAGGCGUGGACCCUGAUCAGUCACAACGUUACGCUUCCUGUCCGUGUAAGCGACUCAUCCAAACCCGAGACUCAUGUCAUGAAGUUUAACUCCAGCGCCUCGUCCCAACAACUACGUGCCAUCGUGAUGGCAUCUGAGCAGUGUCGACAGGAAGUGGUCUUCACCAGCAAAAGGUCCCGCCUCCUAAAGGCUGACGAAGGACACCCGUUGUCCUGGUGGGUGGAUCAGCAUGGGAAAAGGCGAAACUACUGGGGCAGCUCCAGCCACGCAUGGUCCAAGGACUCGGGGUUCCUGUCUGGGAAAGAUCAUCUCCCACUCAGUGUACUAGUUGAGGAAUCUGAGGCCGUCCACAGUGUGGGCCCUCUGCGUUGCCAUGGAGACAAGCGUCUGUGGAACGUGGCGUCCUUUAACCAGGAGGGGGCCUACCUCAUUUUACCGCCCCUGCAACCUGAGCAGGCAUUUGACCUCACCUUCUACUUCAAGACUGACGGUCCUUCUGGUGUCUUUCUGAAUUCUCUGGAAAAGAAAGACUUCAUUCGCUUGGAGCUCAGCUCUCCUUCCGUCGUGAUGUUGUCGUUCAGCGCAUCAGUGGUGUUGGUCAAGUCCCACCUCCCCCUGAAUGACAGACAAUGGCACUACGUGAGGGUGGAGCGUAACAUUAAGGAGACGUUGCUGCAGGUGGACCAACUUCCCGUCGGCGUCCUGGAGGCCCCGCCUGAUGCAGGUGCACAUAAACACCUUGGCGGCCAGCUUUUCGUAGGGGGAGUACCUUCCGGCCUGCGAGGUUUCUUGGGCUGCAUCAGGUCUCUGACAGUCAAUGGCUUAACCUAUGACCUGCAAGAGAGUGCCAAGACGGCACCCGGUGUGAGCCCCACAUGUCCCGGUUACUGUGACGGGCCGAGCAUUGUCUGCCACAACCAAGGGCGUUGCUUUGAAAAGAGUGACGGAUUUGCCUGCGACUGCUCACGCUCGGCGUACGCAGGGCCUCUGUGCAAAGACGAAGUGGCUCUUGCCUUUGAUGAACAGACAUCGGUAACCUACACCUUUUUGCCAGGCCACCACCAAAACUCGUCUGUGUCCAAACAUGGAGGGGGCAGGACCAGAGAGGACAUGACUUUUAGUUUUGUCACAAUGCGGAGACCCGCCAUGUUGCUAAGCGUCAAAACAUUCAAGACGUACUCCAUGGUUGUCCUACUUGCUGGCAACGGAAGUCUGCACGUGUGGUACAACUUGCAAAGUGACAGGAAGCCCGAGGUCUUUAGCCCCGCGUCCAGCAGCCUGGCCGAUGGAAAAACGCACCAAGUCAGAAUCCUCUGCGAGAGCAACACUGUCUACGUGCAGGUGGAUCAGCAAAUAUACAGGAAGUUCACGAUGGUGUCGGAUGCUGAGCCGAUCCCAAUCACGACCGUGACUCUGGGAAAAAUCACAGUAAAUGAGUCCCUUCCUCUUGAGGUGGUCUCGGCGGGCAAGGCGGGUUUUGUGGGCUGCCUGUCUGCGGUCCAUGUCAAUCAUGUGGCACCCCUGAAGGUGGCGCUGUUGCAGCGAGGCAUCUCUUCGGUUGGCGUCCGCAGUGUGCUGGCGCAGUCCAGAUGCUCUGACGUGUCGCACGAUCUGACAGGACAGACCAGCACCAACACAGCAAGCAAAGAUGGCAGUCAAAAGGGGGCAGGGAUAACCAUAGGCAGCGCCACAGCACUCGUUCUUACCGCCGCAUGCCUGGUUGCUGCUAUGACCCGCCUGCUCUACCGCUGCCGCCCCCAAAGUUAGCAGGAAGUGGACUUUAGGGGCAGGGUUUUACAUGCAUAACGUAAAAGACAACAUGAAAGACUACAUUACUAAGAGCUGCAGAACAUUCUGAAAGAUCAUAUGUGGGCGAUUUGAAAACGGGUGUGUGCGUGUGUCAACUUCUUAUUUCUACCACCAACGGUUAUCCUCACUAUGCUAAUGCUAAGGAAGUUUGCAUUGACUUGUUUUGGUCUUUCUCCUGAUGACAUGUCAAAAUAAAAUGAGACAAUUGA